AUGGCGGCAACACCGUCACUCGUCGACCUCGCCACUGAGAUCUUGGAAGCUGCCAAAAUCCUCCAGCAGGGACUGGAUGCCAAAUCUCUACCUCAGCCAUCGUUUGGAGCCACGGGUCCCAAGGACUACCACGACGCCGCAGAACAUGCCGAGAUCCUCGAGGCUCGAGCUCGACUUAUCGACGCAAGCCAGUCCAUGUGUACGCUUGCUCGCGGGCCGACCGAGGCACUGCGCGCACUGGUCAGCACGGACCGAACGAAUCUCGUGGUGCUGGGAGCAAUCGAUCAACUGAAACUCGCGGAGGCAGUGCCUCUUGAUGGCACGCCCAUCGCCGUGGAGACGUUGGCAUCAGAUCUCCAGCUCCAUAAGGCACCUUUGCAGCGAAUCCUCCGGUAUGCCUACAGCUUGCAUAUGUUCUACGAACCGAAACCGGGCUACGUCGCCCACACGGCGCUGUCGGCCGCCAUUCCGGCUUUCUCGCCAUACACCCAACUAAUGCUUUCUCUCCCCAUCAUAGUAGGUGGAUUGAAAGUCGGGGAUAGUCUUCGUGUUGGUUCCGGAGGCGAGAGCAGCGAGGCCAACAACAAGCCCGCGAUCCCUGUCAAUUUGGCUUUCCCACAACACAAGAGCUAUUGGCAGAUAGUUCAACAGGAGCCGGACGGAAUGGCCAAAUUCAGUGCUGCAAUGAGGGUAGUUGGGCAGGCUAUCGUGGGCCCCAAGUACACACAGUACACGCAAGGCUUUGACUGGGACGGUCUGGGCAAGGCGGUCGUCGUUGAUCUUGGCGGUGGCAGCGGCCACAUUGCUGUCCCCAUUGCGCGGGCUCACCAAAAUCUCGAGAUCAUCAUUCAGGAUCUGGAGACCAACGCCGCGCCGGCCAAGGCUGCAAUACCAACGGAGCUUCAAGACCGGGUGACAUUCCAAGCUCAGGAUUUCUUCCAACCCCAGCCUUCGGGACUGGUCCAGUCACCACCAAAAGCCUAUCUGCUCAGCAGAGUCCUGCACGACUGGCCGGACAGUGACUGCGUCAAGAUCCUCAAGAACCUGGUCCCAGUCUUGGAGAGAGGUGGGAAGGGGAAGGGCAAGACGAAACUGUUCAUCGUCGACCGCGUCCUGCCAGACAGGCCGGGCGAGAUCCCCUUGCACCAGGAGGCGCUGAUGCGGAGCUUGGAUUUGUUGAUGUACAACAUCGUGGGCGGCAAGGAGCGGAGUUUGGAGGAGUGGAAGGCCCUGUUUGAGCAGGCCGAUCAGAGAUUGAAGAUUAGCAAGGUCGAGAUUCCGGUCAAUUCGGACUUGGCUAUGUUGGAGGUCGAGCUGGAAUGA